AAAUCAUCCUGCUGCGCGUGCAAGGACGUCUUACUUCUUUGCGUCGCUACGAGCCGCCGCGACUGGCUGGGGGUUAACCCUGGGCCCGUGGACUUCGUCUCCGUUCAGUCACAAACAACUCUUAGCUUAAGUAGGAUUGCAAUAAAGCUAAUAGUGCUACGCUCCGAGGAGCGGAGCUGCGCUUGGCUUAUGGACCGGGAGCUGGGCUGCGCUUAUGGAGGACAGCCCAAAGCUGCUCGUUCCCCAGUGGCUUCGUACUAGUUCAUCGGCACUUCACAAUCGAGGUGACGCCUCCGACCCAACCAAGCGUGGUAAGCCGCUGGGCGUAACCGCAGCCCGGCAAGCACCCCAGGCCGAUUCCUGGCCAUCACGCCCCGGAGGCGGCUCUAGCAGCGGUUUCGGCGCCCCAUCAAUCAGCAGCAAGCAACCCGGUGCUGACUUUGGGCGCACCCAAGAACGUGGUCCCAGCGGGCCUGACCGCUUCUGGAAACCCCGUGAGAGCAGCAGCCACAGCCACAACCUCAAUAGCAGCAGCGGUGGUGGUGUUGGCGGCGGUGGCGGUAGUAGUGGUUUCGGAGGUUCGGGACCGGGCAGCAGAUCAGGCUACGUUCCAGCGGCGCCGUACAGGGCCGGUGGUGGUCGCAGCGACCGCGACCGCGAUGGGGAUAGGGAGCGCGAUCCCCGGGACCGCGACCGUGAUAUAAUCUCGCUAAGGCCGGCGGGGUCGGCUUACGGCAGUGCAGGAGGGCGAGGGUACGGCAGGUCUGGCGGCGGUGAGCCGGGAAGCGGCGAUGGUCGUGUGGAUCGCGGUAGCGGCGGUGGCGGCGGCGGCGGCGACGGCUGGUUGCCGUCUCGCAGUCAUUCUGGAAGCGGCAGGGGGGAUGAAGCGGCAGGGGGGCAGGCUAGGUCGGCGCUGCUGGCGGGUCCCGCCGCUGCUGCUGAGGGCCGCGGCAGGUCCGCAGCACCGAGCAGCAAGGUUGCGUUCGAUAAGGACUUCCCGUCGCUUCGACCGGCGCCGGGCGGCCCCGCAAUUGCUUCCCUUGGAACCCCCACGGUGAUGGCGGCGGCCAUCCCAGCAGCAACAGCGGCAGCGACGACGGCGGCUUCCUCCCCAUUGCUGGCCUCCAGUGCCUCCUCUCCUCUCCUAGACCCCAGUGGCGGCGGUUCGUCUUCCCCGUCGGUUGUGGUGCCGUACAGGCAGACGUUUCUGUCCUCCCGCACCACCUCAAACUGGACGUCGAAGCUGGCGGAGGCCCCGGCGGCGGCGCCGCAGUCGCAGCCGUCAACGCCUCCGGCUAAUGAAGAUGCCAGUGCGCCGCCGGCGGCAACUACCCCUUCGCCGUCACCCUCCCCGCCGCCGCCUCCGACGCCGACCCAGAUCGCUGCGCCGGCGCCGGCGGUCGCGGCGGCUCCCAGGCCAUCUGGCGUCUGGGCGGCUGGCGGUGCGACGGCGUCAGCAAGCGCAGAAGGCGGUGGGGGCAGCAACAACAGCCCCGGCGGUGCCGCCGCCGUCGUAGCGUCCGCCGCAAAUAAGGCCCGUCUAGAGCAGCUAGCCGUACGACAGUCAAAGCAGCUCAUCCCUGUCCUCAGCUCGGGAGCUGGGAAGGCGAAGACGGGUGGUGCUUUGGGCGGCGGCGGAGCUUCGGGCUUGGGAUCCGCAGCAGGCGCUGGCGGGCGCAUGGGUGGCGGCGGCAGCGGCGCGCUGGGGUCCAAAUCCGCACAGCCAGCAUCCGCACUGCUCAAGGUAGCCCCGCCAGGGAAGCGAGAUGAGGCACUGACGACAUCGGCGGCCUCAGGAGGCGCAGCGGGCAGCCCACUGGUACGGUCCUCAGCUUCAGCUGUGAUCCUCUCAACCAAAAAGGCAUCACAGCCCUUGGAUCGGCCGCUUCACCUAGGCCGCGCCGCCUCCGCCACUACUACGCCAGCAGCAACUGCAGCGGCCGCGGCCUCAAGCGCCAACCCGUUUACGUCCUCUGCAUCAGCGGGCAACCUCGCAGGCUUGGCUUUCAGCACCAGUCGGGCGGCUGAAGGCGGCGUUAUCAGCAGCAGCGGCGGCGUGGCAUCUCAGGUGGCGCUUGAGACCGACCCACGGGUCACCACGCCAAGCAGAAGUGCACCCCAGUCCACGCUCACGACCGGCGCUGAGUUGGCCACGCAAGACACCCCUUUGUCUGCAAGCCGGCCGCCGCACCACCAGCAGGACGGGCCUCAGCAGGCACACCGAGAAGCAGCUGUCAGCCACCCAGCUGCUCAGCCGCAGCAGCAACCGCAACAGCAGCUCCUGCUGGCUGACGGGUCCGAGGGUGUGCCGGAGGAGGAGGAGGCGUUCAUGCGGUCGCUAGGCUGGCCUGGCUUUGGCGAGGACGAGGGAGAUGAUGAGGGCGACGGUGGACUGACGGAGGAGGAGAUCGCAGCCUUCCAUGCGCAGAGGUUGCAGGAAGCCGCAGCAGCAGCUGCGGCCGUGUCAUCUGGGUCUCGUGUGGCUACAGCAGCAGCACCCGCGGGUGCCUUGGGCCACCACAUGGGGGUGGUGGCGGCGGCGGUAGCGGCGGCGGCGCCAAAGGCCGUGCCGGCUGUCCCCGGGGCGAGGAGGGGUAAGCCGCUGAUUGUGGCGGCUAGCUACGGAAGCGAGCAGGUGUCCAGCUCGUCAGAUUCGGAAUGCGAGUGAGAAGGGGGUGCGUCACGUCAGUUUAGGGGCGUUGGGUCAAUACAUGGCUGGUCGUGGCUUGUAUCGUCGCAGUGUUGGUCAGGGAGGAGGAUGCUGCACUUGGAAUGGGCACGGCGGCCGACUGGGAUGCAAACACAGAUGUUGCAGAGGAGCCGUUGCGAUGUGGGUCGAGCCCCAAAGCGGGUUCGCUGGUGUGAGGGAGUACUAUUGUCUUUAGCGUCCUAUACGGCGAAGGUUAAAGAGUUGAUGUUGGCGAGUUGGCGAGGGCUGAGCUUACGUCCCUCGGGUUGCGCCCUUGCGCGUGAAGACAUCUGGGUCAAGUGAAUUGGCUCGCUCGUGCUACUUUGUUGUGCCCUUGUUCCUGUGGAGCUACACAGACCCCGUGUUGAACACGUGGAGUGGGAAACAAGCAAGGGGCCCGGGGCCUUCCUAUUCCCUCCACCCCACCAUGGCUCUAGUUUCUUGCCUCUGCUUGGGUUGCAACGGCUGCCGGAAUGCAUGCAGGGUGGCACGCAGGUGGGGGUGCUUGCGCUGCGAUGACACGGUAAUUGCCUUAAUACUCCCGUUCAUAUGGCAUUGUACGGCGUUGCAUGGUGCGUUUGAUGCCCCCACAAUGGUACGGUUGAGCACUUGCCCUGCAGGAGGUGGUGGUCCCAUGGGGGGAAGACGACGACGCUUUUGAGCAGGUAGCGGCGGGCUGAUGAGUGCAGUAGUAAGGAGGCUACCGGUAGUAGGCUGGGCUGCGGUUCCGGGGUUUAAGCUUCUACUGGGUUAUGGCCGGCCGGGUGCCAAAUGGGAGGAAGAUUAGGAAGAAUGUGCUGAAAGCCAUCCGAAAAAGUCAUCGAACGCCUCGGGAGAAGCGAAGCCGUGUUGCAUGAGUGCCCCUUUCCGUGCUACCGGGGCAAUUUGCUGUAGAGGUUGCGUUCGCGCGUGUUCCAGGCCCCGGAGCAGAUGUACUUUUGGCAGAGUGUGUAGAACCUGCUUUUGAUUUGUUAGUCGCGUGCGCUAAAAGAAACACCGUGACUGUUCAUUAACUAUUACACGGCUUGGCUUGACGGCGAUAGCUGGUAGUGCCAGAGGUGCCAUAGGGCCUUUGGGGGAUGAGCUAUAGGUGUGUGCAACACCCCGCGUAUACGCGACUCGGCGUGUUUUCGGGUCCUGUCGUACUGGGCGCUGCAGUCGCUUGCAUGUGGGCAGUUGAAUGCCGAAUGUGCGCUGGCGCACCGGCCACUGCGGUGGAAGUAGCGUCCGGUGCUUUGCGGGCCCGUGCAUGCUUUCCGGGCUUAAAAAGGACUUGCUCGUCGUGAAGGAGAUAGAGGCGCGCAUUAGGGAGGUACAGUAAUUGACCGCGGG